GCACUUUCCCCUCGCGAAAAAGGCAAUAGGAAGGACGGAUAGAGAGCCCGGCAAAACAAAACGAAAUCCCUGCAAAACCCUAGAGACGAUCCACCUAGAACACGGCCACGAUGAUGCAGAUGCUGGGGCUCCGUGGCUCCGCGUCCAAGGAGCGGGACCGGAGCCACCGUGGUGACGCUUUGCCGGCGUCGCCAUCAGCUGCGACCCCGGGAUCGCCGUGGACACCGUCGUCCGCCUCCUCGCCGCGGUCGCCUUUCGCGGGCGGAGGGGGAGGGGGCCGGCCGCUGCGGUUGGUGUACUGCGAUGAGCGGGGCAAGUUCCGGAUGGACCCGGAGGCGUUGUCGGUGCUACAGCUUGUCAAGGGUCCUGUCGGGGUCGUCUCCGUCUGUGGCCGCGCGCGCCAGGGCAAGAGCUUCAUCCUUAACCAGCUUCUAGGAAGGAGCAGUGGCUUUCAAGUAGCAAGUACACAUCGUCCCUGCACCAAGGGCCUUUGGAUGUGGAGUUCGCCGAUAAAAAGAACUGCACUUGAUGGAACUGAAUAUAGUCUUCUAUUACUUGACACCGAGGGCAUUGAUGCCUAUGAUCAAACAGGCACUUACAGCAUACAGAUAUUCUCCCUGGCAGUCCUACUUUCGAGUAUGUUUAUAUAUAAUCAGAUGGGUGGUAUAGAUGAGGCUGCUCUUGAUCGCCUUUCACUUGUUACUGAAAUGACCAAACAUAUCAGAGUAAGGGCAAAUGGUGGGAGGUCUACUGCAUCUGAGCUUGGGCAGUUUUCACCCAUCUUCACCUGGCUACUGAGGGAUUUCUAUCUUGAUUUAGUUGAAAACGAUAGGAAGAUAACUCCACGAGAUUACCUUGAAAUUGCUCUGAAGCCUCUUGAAGGCAGAGGGAAAGAUUUAUCUUCAAAGAAUGAGAUCCGUGAGUCCAUUCGUGCCCUUUUUCCUGAUAGAGAAUGUUUCACGCUAGUGCGCCCAUUGAACAACGAGAACGAACUUCAACGGCUUGAUCAAAUCCCUCUAGAGAAAUUGCGUCCAGAAUUUCAAUCAGGACUGGAUGAGUUAACAAAGUUUAUAUUUGCGAGGACAAGGCCUAAGCAGGUUGCUGGUACAGUCAUGACAGGACCUGUACUAGCUGGUGUUACACAGUCUUUUCUGGAUGCAAUUAACAAUGGAGCUGUACCUACUAUAUCAUCCUCUUGGCAGAGUGUUGAAGAAGCAGAAUGUCACAGGGCAUAUGAUUUGGCUGUUGAGGUCUACAUGUCAUCUUUCAACCGCAGUAAGCUAGCUGAAGAAGAUGCUUUAAGGGAUGCACAUGACACUGCAUUAAGGAAAGCACUCGAUGCUUACAAUACUGCAGCCGUUGGAACUGGUACUUCACGAAUACAGUACGAGAAAGUUCUCAACAACUUCUGCAGAAAAACAUUUCAGGACUACAAGAGGAAUGCUUUUCUAGAGGCCGACAAGCAGUGCUCAGAUGCAGUACACAACAUGGAGAAGAAACUCCGAGCAGCAUGUUCUGCUCCCGGAGCCAAAGUUGCUUGUAUGAUACAGGUUCUGGAAACUUUACUAAGGGAAUAUGAAUCUUCUUGUUCUGGCCCAGGCAAAUGGAGAAUACUUGCAGCCUUUUUAAGACAGUGUUUGGAAGGGCCUAUAUUGGAUCUGUGUUUGAAGUUAAUAAAUGAAGCUGAAUCAGAGAGGACUUCCUUUGCACGAAGGUGUCAUUCAAACGAGGACCAACUGGAACUUCUAAAGAAGCAACUUGAAGCAAAUGAGGCCCACAAAUCUGAAUAUCUAAAACGGUAUGAAGCUGCUAUAAGUGAAAAACAAAGAGUUUCUGAUGAUCUUAGUGGUCAUCUUGCAAACUUGAGGACCAAGUGUAGCACAUUAGAGGAACGAUGCUUGAGUAUAUCUAAGGAACUUGACCUUGUACGACAUGAAUGCUCUGAUUGGAGAGCAAAGUAUGACCAAUCUGUUUCUCAGAAUAAAUCUGAACAAGGCAGAUUCGUUGCUCAACUAGCAUCUCUUGAGUCUAGAUAUAGCUCUGCGGAGGGUAAGUUGGAAGCAGCUCGUGAACAAGCAGCUUCUGCUCAAGACGAGGCUGCCGAAUGGAGGCGUAAAUAUGAAUCAGCUGCUGCGCAAGCCAAAACUGCACUGGAGAGAUUAGCAUCAGUGCAAGAACAAAUUAACAAAAUUGCACAAGAAAGGGAAAGUGCUAUAAGGGCUGAAUUUGCUGCACAUUUGGAGGAAAAGGAUGAGGAAAUGAAGAGAAUAAUAGCAAGGAUUAGACACGCAGAGAGUGAAGAAAGUGUGUUGGUCGAGCGCUUGCAGGCAGCGGAAUCCAGGACAAAAAGCCAAAGCAAGGAAACUGUAGUCCUGAAGAAUGAAAUUAAAGAGCUAACAAGCAAAUUAGAAUUUCUAAGAGAUAGGGCGUUGUCAUAUGAAAAGCAAGCUAGAAUGCUUGAACAAGAAAAGAACCAUCUUCAAGAAAAAUUCUUAUCUGAAUGCAAGAAAUAUGAUGAGAUAGAAGAAAGAUAUAAAGCUGCAGAAAAGGAUGCAAUUAAAGCUACCGAGUUGGCUAAGGUAGCUCAAACCGAGUCCAUUGCAGCUCAGAAAGAAAAGGAUGAAACACAGUGUCUAUCAAUUGAAAAAUUAGCAGUGAUUGAAAGAAUUCAAAGGCAAGUUGAUAGGCUGGAGCAGGAGAAAGUAAAACUAGUAGAUGAAGUGCAGAGGAUGCGUAAAUCCGAAACAGAUGCCUUGUCAAAGGUUGCCUUACUUGAGAGUAGAGUUGAUGAGAGAGAGAAAGAAAUUGAUGAUUUGUUGAGUCGAAGCAAUGAACAGAGAUCCAGUACUGUGCAUGUCCUUGAGAGUCUUUUGGCAAAUGAACGUGCUGCUAAGGCUGAAGCGAAUAAGCGUGCAGAGGCCUUAUCUCUACAGCUACAAUCUACGCAAAGUAAAUUAGAUGUACUCCACCAGGAGUUGACAUCAAUUCGUAUUGUUGAAACUGGUCUCGAUAGCAAGCUCCGAAGCACUACGUAUGGAAAAAGGAUGAGACAGAAUGAAGUAGGCACUGAGUCCGUCCAAGAUAUGGACAUCGAUCAACCGGAGAGGAGCAGAAAGAGAUCCAAAAGCAACACAAGCCUGUUAAAGCAUCUCCAGACUGAAGGCGGUGGUUCUGUUCAUAUGGGAGAAGAUAGUGUUUCAGUUAGCACAGACACAAGAGAUUGCACUCCGGAAGGUUAUAAAAAGUUCACCAUUCCAAAGUUAAAGGAUGAGCUCACUAAACAUGGAUUUGGGGCGCAGUUACUAGAGCUAAGGAGUCCUAACAAGAAGGAUAUACUUGCGCUUUAUAAGAAGCAUGUCCUAGGCCAGUAAACCUCGUCCUGAGUCUGCUCAAGUUCGUGUGCUUCGCCGUGUGAGUAGAUCUGAUUUGUGGUGUGCAUUUCUCCUGACUUGUAUCGAGUAGUUUGACAUGCAGAUUCGUAUUUAAAGAAGAGAUGCGUGGUUUGUUCGUUCGUUUGUGUUUUGGUGUACACAGAUGGUUGUUGGUUUGUGAGUCCUAGGCUUGUAUAUUUGCUAUCCGAAGUUUAUGUUUGUCUC